AUGGUGGGCGCCGCUAUGGUGAGCGUGGAGACAACGAUUUUGAUCAUCGGACUACUUGUCUUGGGUAUGGCGCUGUGGUGGGGUCUUUUGUGGAGGCACGGCCGCAAAUCCCGUGCGAUUAUGCCCCUAAACACGGGCACAGACAAGGGAGCCGUCAUCUUGCUUGUGCGCGAGGAAGACGAGAGGAUCGGAGGUGUUGCCGAGGUUGAGCACGAGGUGGAUGUAAACAGCUUCUUUGGUCAGGCUUCUACUAUCGAACAAGAUGCCACGAGAUUCAAGCCUGGCCAUGAGAUUCAGCCCGCUGGCAAGAAUGGUGGUGACGUACUCGGAGCUGAGUUUAUCGCUGGUUUAGAAGAAACCCUUGCUCGUCGGAGGCAAUGGAUUGAUCGGUGCGCUCGCUCCCUCAACAUCCAUUUCAAGCUUCUUGAGGAAGGAGACUCUGGCAACACAAAUAGUGCUCUGGAAAAGUGCGGGGAGCAGGAUGAGUCGGAUCAUGAAGAAGAAGAAACGCUCGUGACAAGUUCACACAGAGACUCAUUGGCAGAUCUGGACGUUGCUGAGGUUAGCUUGAAGGCAACAGCUGUGGAGGAAGUUGAGAAGUCAAGUGAAGAAUGCAUCAUCUUUAUCGAAGGUGACCAGAUUGAGGGGGAUCAACUUGUCAGGACUCCCAGGAAUCUUGAUAGUGACGAUAGGAUGGUGGUUCUUUCAGAUGCAAAGGAGAGGAAAUCUCAGCCUCUGGAAGUCGAGAUGGUGGAGAGUGACCAAGUUCCUCGCAGCCAAAUCCUCGGCCUUCCACGCCGCCAAAAGAGAGACCAUCUUGACUGGGAAUCUGCUAUGGAAGUGUCUCGACUCCGCAAGAGAGUGAAGUACCACGCUUAUCACAUCGACUACUACGACGCGCAGCUCAAGGAAAACUCGAUCCAGGCUUGGAGGUCAGACUUUUCUUGGCUUGUUCACGAGCCUGCGAUCAUGGACGAGGAUAAGAUGAGAAGGAGAAGGGAGUCUCAUAUUGACUUCUUCAACGGCUACACCGCUGAGCUCGAGAAUUAUUACAAAGGUGCGAUUAAUAGGGAAUCCAAGAUGGUGCUUGAUUUCGAGCAUGUUCCUGCGUCAUUAUGGGAGUGGAUCGAGCCGGACAAGCAAGAUUGGAGAGAUGGAGAUCUCAAAGGAAUGAGACAUGGCUGUAACAGCUUUUCUGGUCACGCCUCUACUAUCCAAGAAGAUGCCACGAGAUUCAAGCCUGGGCAUGAGAUUCAGCCCGCUAGCAAGAAUGGUGGUGACGUACUCGGAGCUGAGUUUAUCGCUGGUUUAGAAGAAACACUCGCUCGUAGGAGGCAAUGGAUGGAUUGGUGUGCUCGCUCCCUCGACAUCCAUUUCAAGCCUCUCGAGAAAGAAGAUUCGGCUGGCAACACGGGGAAUGCUCUGGAAAACUGGGAGGAGCAGGAUGAAAAGCCCGUGACAAGUGGUGACUCAGAAAUGAUCAAAGAAGUGGCAGAUCUGGAGGUUACUGAAUCGAGCUUGAAGGGAACAGCUGUGGAGGAAGCAGCUUCUUCCAGAAUCAACGAGCUGGACGUUGUCAUAGCUGUGCGUGAUCAAGCUCCAGCUUCCGCUGUGGAAGAAGUAGCGAACCAUGAUCAAGUGCCAGUUCCUUCCCAACACAACGAACAGGAGAAUCUCGACGUUGUCAUAGCUGUGCAGGAAGAAGUGCCAAUGUUUUUAAGUGGGGAGGAGGAUCGUGAUGGAGUUGAAAAGGCGAGUGGAGCCUUUCCUCCGGCUGCCGAGCAAGUGGAUCUUCUUGGCCGUCUUGCAACAUGGUUUGGUGGUAGAAGAAGAAAAGUGGACAGAGCAACUUCCGGGUUUCCAUCUCGGGAGGAUGGACCAGUACACCUCUUUUACGAUCAUAAGGACGACAGUUACAAACAACUUGGGGAAUUUUACGGCACAAGGAAGGUGUGUGUGGAGAUCGUUCGGUGA